CAGAUCGUGAGUCCUCGUGGAGAUUAAGAGACCUAACCUGCCAUGUCAUCCCGAUAAGAAGAUACAUCUGCCGACUUGCUUACUUGCUCUGUGUCGUCAUGCUUACUUGCUCUGCGUCUGACGGCACAGCUUCAACUCGCUCACGGUCACCCCAUCGCCGGUCCGCUCCUCAGCCUCACCCGGACGGGAAGUCGAAUACGCUUCUGGUCCAUGGGACCUGCUAGUUACAGCUCGUCCCGCCUCAUCGACAUGAAGAACCCGGCACAACAUGCCGAUCUCGUACGGUGGAUGAUCUUCCUGCUCGGUCCGGUGGAACGUCUCACACCUGCCUGGCAACCAAGAUCGGACAUGCGGAUCAGUCGUCGCUUCGGAUCUGAGGUCGUUGAGGAGACUGUGCAUUGGGAGCCCAACGGGAAACAUUCGCUGAAUAGCGCUUGGAACGGUGUACGUGACGUACGUCAUGAACCGAUCAGCAAGAGGACGACCGUAUGGGCUGGAGCUAUCACAGGACCUUCCGAUGUCGAGGAGAUACCGGUCUUGUGCAAGGCUUCGUGGAUGAGUACCGGCCGUCAACAAUUUGCACACGAGCUCGAGAUUCUGCGAUUACUUCAAGAUCCACUCUCUCAGCACGUUUUCCCGGAGAUCGAGGACAAGGGAGUUUUCCGUCGGACCGAUUUGAUGAGAGAGAUCCCGCAAUGGCAAGAGGUAGCGUCGAACCUGCCGAAACCGUUCGGUCUGGUUGACUUGAGCGAAGAACCAGACUAUAUAGUCCGGCCUAAUAUUGGAGCGGCCAAGCCCCUCGAGCGAAAUCAAGAUCAAUCUGAACCGCGCGAUACCGUCGCCUUGUCGGCGUUGUUACUGGAAAGUCAACCGGCAAACCCUUUGGCGGUCAUACAAGAUCUCUCGAUGAAGCAGUUUCUACGGAUAUAUAUCGAUGUCGCCAAGGCUCUCUGGUAUCUCGCAUGCGAGGGCAUUCACCAUCGCGACGUUACGCAUGAUAAUAUCAUGGCAAGGCUCGUCGAGGAACCGGGUCAGCCCCCAACAUACGCAGGGGUGCUCAUCGACUUUGGGAGCGCCAUCUAUUCUGGCGAGCGGCGAGACGUGGAUCCGGUGCAUUCUACCGAUGCCUACAUCAAAGCUGGAAUCGAUGACGGGUUUGCAGGAUCCACAUUCAUGAUAAGCAUCGCCGCGCACAAGCAUCGAUGUUACGAUCGUACACGGGACCUGCGGACCAUUGAGGAGUGUACAAACGCGGACGGCACGAUAGUAGUACCGGAAGGCUCGGCCGACAAACGGUGGCGUGAGAAGGUGGUCUCUUACGCCCGUAAACGACUGGUGCAGGAUAGACUGCAUCGCUUUGUCGAUGACCUGGAAUCGCUGCUCUAUUGCAUGUGUUCUCAGGUCGGUCUGCGCCGAUUCGGCCAGGGAGACAACCCGGCAACUCCGAUCCUUGGGUCGCUUGAAAAGAAGCAGAGCGAGUGGCAGGACAGCCUCUUACAUUUGACGAACCAGGUCGACCGCCACAACCAUCAUGGACAGUUCAGGAUCAUGAUACAUGACAUGGCUGACCGGAUCCAGCUGGUCCAACAGGAUUUAGAUCUUGACAGUCACCAACGAGCCGGUCAAGCGAUCACUCAGCAAGAGCACGAAUGUUUCCGUGACUGCGUUAAGAGGAUGGAGCAGGCGCAUGAUGCGACAGAUCCAAGCGAAAUGAUCGAAACAAACGAUUAAAGGUCUCGUAUGGCUGCAUAGAAGCGGUCUACGUCGGACGAGGAUGGGAAUCCGAAGCGAAGCGAAGCGCGAUCAAGCUUGGUAAAGGUAUUUUGCACAUAUCCGAGUAAGACUACGAGUUUGGGACCUGGCGGAUCGGUGCGGUCGAUCUCGACGACAAUUUAGAUGCAAAUCGAGACGGAGCUGGUUGAGUACCUGAUCGAGCAAUUGUGUAGGAUGAAUCAGUGAAA